GUGCUGCACACUCUGGUGAAAUGGUGGAGCACACAGCUACAGCCAGCACUGUGCAAUCAUGUGCUGCACACUCUGGUGAAGUGGUGGAGCACACAGCUACAGCCAGCACUGUGCAAUCAUGUGCUGCACACUCUGGUGAAGUGGUGGAGCACACAGCUACAGCCAGCACUGUGCAAUCAUGUGCUGCACACUCUGGUGAAGUGGUGGAGCACACAGCUACAGCCAGCACUGUGCAAUCAUGUGCUGCACACUCUGGUGAAGUGGUGGAGCACACAGCUACAGCCAGCACUCUGCAAUCAUGUGCUGCACACUCUGGUGAAGUGGUGGAGCACACAGCUACAGCCAGCACUGUGCAAUCAUGUGCUGCACACUCUGGUGAAGUGGUGGAGCACACAGCCACAGCCAGCACUGUGCAAUCAUGUGCUGCACACUCUGGCGAAGUGGUGGACCACACAGCUACAGCCAGCACUGUGCAAUCAUGUGCUGCACACUUGACUGGACAUCAAACACUAGCUGCCAUCGAUGCUGCUGACGGAAUAGCACACAGCAGUGCAGGUCCAGAGCACAAUGUGAGUGAACACCACGGUCCAGUCUCAGAGCCCCGUGUGAGUGAGCACCACUGUCCACUCUCAGAACAGUGCACAUCUGAAGCUGAGCUGGAUAGCCGGCUGACUGACCACGUCCCUUCGUCUCCAUCCAUCCUUGACGAAGCCUGGCACGUGCAGAGAGAUCGCUUGUUUUCACUUGUGAAAGCCAGUGAGGAAGCUCACCGACACCUCUCUCAAGAGGUUGAGGAGGCGCAGAUGACGCUUAGCGGCGGCAAUACGCACACCAGUGAGCGUCAAGAGAGCAGCAGUGAUGCCGUGCUGGUCGGCUGCGACACGGAUUGCGGUCGAUCUACGAACGGAAAGUCACUUUGUCUCCAUUCGGACGAAUCUUUGGACGAGAGUAUCACCGAUGAAUCCUCGCAGUUACUGGACUAUAUCCGCAAUGCACGUAUGAAACAUGCUGAGGAGGUGUCCAGCUGGGUGUUGAACCUGAAGGGCAGUACACCAUCCAGCGAUCAGCUGCAGCAGCUUGUUCGUCUGCAGCUACAUCAGCAGGAUGAGCUCCGGGACGUGCUGGAAAGUGGUGACGGGUGCGAAGCAGCACUGGACCCAGACCGGUUACUGCACAAUGAUGUAACACUGUCGGAAGUGGAGCAAUCUAUACAGGACCAGAGCAACCAGCUAAGCCAGCUUCUAAGCCAGCUGCAGAGCACACCAACGCGGUUGCCAUUAGAACAGCAACUACAACAGCAUCAUGAUCAACGCAUCAUGACACAGCACCUGCAGGGAAAUCCACAGUUCCGGUCUAGUCGAUCGCUCUCUGACGUGUCUCCAUUUACCAAUGGCAGUGGUGUGUGUGACUCCACCAGCAGGUUCACCAUACAUCAGAGUGGGAGCUCUGCAACCAAAUCAGUGGACUCUAGCGAGGAUGACAUAGCAAACACCAUUGAAACAUUCUCCAUGGAGAAAUACCUAGCAAUUCUGCCAACAUGUGUUACAAUACCAUCGGCGAAGCUGCAGGAGACUGGCAAGGGCUCUCCCUACCAUGUGUUUCAAGUACAGGUCAGUAUUGGCUCCUUCUACUGGUCAGUUGAGCGGCGUUAUCGUGAGUUUCUGGCGCAGCACCUUCACCUGGUACAGGAACACGGAGAACUGUCCUGCUUACGCAUGCCACCCACUAAGUGGUUUGGAAACAAGAAGAGAGGCUUUGUUGAAGAAAGACGAAAGCGACUUGAAACGUACUUGCAGACGCUUCUCUUCCAGCUGAUACGGCUGCAGCACUGCAACUGGCACACGCUGGUAUCCCUGGAGGACCUGGUUAACAAGAUGCGUAACGACCUGCCGGUGUUAGACGAGCAUACUGUUAUUCCCGCCGCCCGUGUGCCCAAAAAUACAGCCAGUGAGCACACUGGGAAGCAGGCGGGUAAACAAACUGAAUGAAACAACGCACACAUUCUUAGUAUAUUUGCCCUGUGCGAAUGCACCCUAUGACUUCCUUGAAUGGAUUUAGUUCUACUCCCACUGAUUUGUCUGGCUUGGAUUUGCUACAUCAUGUUGACCGAUUGCCACCUCCCUCGCCGCGUCAACGAUGAUGGUGUCGAGUGGACUCGGUUGAUGUACUGGUUGCCGCACCAGUGAAGCCCAUUUUCAUGACUAGUAGCAGCUCGACUUUGCAGUGCACAUCCCAGUGUCACUGUGCAUGCCACUGACUGACAUUCUUUUAAAUACUUUAUACUUGUACUAUUAAAAGUACAUACUGCGAAUGGUAAUCAACCACCCCAGCAGAUUUUCAUCAAGGAUAUGAAUCGAUGACAUGGUAUUUUUUACAACUCCCUGAUAUCUAUGUUUGUUCCAUCAUGAAACGUCUUGCUUGAUUUUAAUGAGUAGCUAGGUUCACUGCUGUAGAUUGUCGUAAUUCGAAGUAUUUCCGUUUUUUACCGUAAUAUUGAUUUUUUCACCUUUCCACAUCUUAUGUCCCAGCUGAGCCUUUAUGCAUGAUUGCAACAUUUGUCUUUUUACCUAUUUGGAGAUAUGUCGUCUGUGCUACAUGUAGAGCUGUUAUGACGUUGCCUAUCACUUGAUACUCACAUGUCCGUCAUGAUCAAAACUUGUUCUGGUACUAGGCUUUGUGAUCCUCAUCGCGUGGAUUGCCAGCUGCUACUCGUUUCGGGUUAGUGGAGACUGGCAACCAGUCGUGUGCAGUCAGUUUUUGUAGCCUUUUCCAUGAUUUCGGCGCUUUUACAGAACUGUCGACUUUGGUGACAACUUUUUCUUGCUUUCUUUGUCGAUCUGUGAUGCCCUCUCCCGUGUUUACUGCACAUGUGCAGUGUCCUGG